UAACUGGAGGCCUACUUAGGGCGGCGAUAUCUGUAGCUUGCGGGAUCGGCUUUUGGCUGCUGCCUUUCAGCUACGACAGGACCCCAGCCCUGCCUCUCUUACCGCACAGAAAUACAGCAUGGAAUAGGCCCUUCCAGCCCUUCAAGGUGCACCACCAGCAAACCACCAAUUUAAUAAGACAAGCAACACACAUCAAAGUUGCUGGUGAACGCAGCAGGCCAGGCGGCAUCUAUAGGAAGAGGUUGUCAGCCUUGAGUAACCAUUUCUGCGUAACAUUCAUGUAAGAACUGGAAUUGAAGAGGCAAACGAUCACCAGAAGAAAUCAUGGACUUCGUUAUGAAACAAGCUCUGGGAGGAGCUACCAAAGACAUGGGAAAGAUGUUGGGCGGUGAUGAGGAGAAGGACCCUGAUGCGGAGAAAAAGGAAGAAGAAAGGUUAGAAGCAUUGCGUCAGGCCGAAGAGGAGCGAGCAAGUAAAUAUGCCAAAAUGGAAGCUGAGCGCGAAGUAAUGCGGCAAGGAAUCCGGGACAAGUACGGAAUAAAAAAGAAAGAGGAGAAGGAGGCGGAGGCGAUGGCAGCUAUGGAAGCUCAGGCUGAGGGCAGCCUGACUAGGCCCAAGAAGGCCAUCCCCACUGGUUGUGGAGACGAGGAGGAGGAGGAGGAGAGUAUUCUGGACACUGUCUUAAAAUAUCUCCCCGGGCCUCUGCAGGACAUGUUCAAGAAGUAAUGAUUUCAGCUCUCUGCAGAAUAACCCUUGGUUUUGCUGUUAAGUGUAAAACAUUCUCAUUGUAAAAUGGGACCUUAUAGUCGUCAUCCCCACUCAGUGUGGUCUGACAGCCCAUCGCAUCCUGUCUUGUGGCAUGGAACAUCCACCACAAAUCUGUGUACCAGUCAUGAAGAUCCCAACACAAUAAGCCAUGUUUAUAGUCAAAUAAAAUCUAGACAUUUAAUAGUGAAAUAAAGAAACAUAUCUUUUUACCAAUGUGAUCGGUUAGACAUUGCAAGGCUCCAGUUAGCUUUCAUACAAUGUUUGUUCAUUAUGUCAGUUAAGUAAAGCAUCAUGUCACAGCACUAGGUCAUACCUACAACGCUCCAAAAACAAAAUCCAACCCCUCCAUAACCUCAUCUGCAGAUGCCAAUGUGUUCCUACACACCAGAGCUCACUUUCUGGUUAAAUUAUGGCUACGAUAGAAAGGUCUGUAGUUUUACACAUCUAUGUCCAGUUCUGUACCCUGUGAUGUCGAUGUCACUUUGAGCAGGUCUCCAAAAGGCAAGAGAAUGGGCUGAGGAUGCACUGAGCAUUCGGUUCCUUGCAGUGAAAAGUUUCAAGUUUUAGUAUUUUGUUAAACAACUAUUCAUCAGAACUGUUGUUCUAGAAUCGGCUUAUCGUCAUUCCCGGUCAGUUAUGAGUUGAAGUUAAUUUAGUGUUGUACAUGGACUAGAGGACACAGAUUUGGUGGAUGCCAGUGUGAGUGUGUGAGAUCCAUUGCUAUGUACUGUUAGUAUUUUGAUACCACAGCCAACAUCUAGGGACUAUCACUCACCCUGUCCUGGUGUGUGUGUAUCAGGUCCCUGGCAAAAGGCCUGGGAUAGAUUUGCUGUAGUGUUGCACUAAUGGAGACUCUGAUUAACACUGCAGACUGUUGUUUAUCCUUCCAGCUCCAGAUUCACCCAUUAAUGUGGUCAGCCAGAAUUUAGGGUGCUUGAUAAUGUCAAAUAGAAUCUGUGACCCCAGCAAUUGAACCAUGGUACCUCAAUGUUCUUUUAAAAUGUCACAGUGCUCCUGAAGGUCAGAAUUGGCAACAUUUGCAGAAAGCCAAUGCUUUUGGUCAUCACAGGGACAGAACUGCUGGUCGUUUGCCCAGGUGAGACCCUCUCCCAUCACAGAACUCAGGCUGCAACAUUUCCCCUCUGUGCAGAUGGUGAGACUGAGAAACUAUCUAUCCGAGUCACCCUCACACUCACACAGUCGGCAUCCCACAUCAGGCAAUAAGUUUGGGCAGCAAACAGAAGGUUGCCACCGUACCCACUGACUUCAGCUUGUUAUUUUUACACGAUGCUGUUCGUUCGUCUCAGAUCAGGACCUGGUGUUUGCCAUAUUCGUCAGAAUUGUAAAUAGAUAAUAUAUACAAAAUUAAGCCAUUUAAAAUUGAGAUGAAGAAUAGAUCAUAUUGCUGGAAAUGGGAAUCUCCCAUGUAAUUCAUCACUGUGAAUUUCCAGGUUGUGUGGGGAAUUCUUGUCAUUUGAAGAUUUGGUGAUCUUUCUCCGAAGGUGAAGCCACUAUACCCUGGGUACUGUAGUUUGCUCAGACAUACCAGCUGAUGCAAUAUUAUGAUUAGUGUUCAUUUUAUUACCCAAGUUGGUUUUUGCAAACAUUCUGUGGGGCCUGAAUACGGUGCUUUCCCCAGGAACUGUUGGGUGAGAGGGGAGGGAGGACAGACCAGUAUCAGAGUUAAACCACGAGAGUCCAAUCUCCUCUCCCAGUGCCUGGAUUCCAACUUCACACUUCCCAGCUGACAGCCCCUUCUCCAUUCUGUGCACCGAAGGGCUGGAGGUUCCAGGAGCCCGCGACAGCACUUCAGUUUUCACGGACACUUUGAGCACACCCUUGGACGUUUUCCCCUGUCAGUCUGGAAUGUGCUCCUGGGACGUUAUGUGGAAUGGAGGGCCUGUUUCAGGAGCUGGUGUUGGGCAGGGAACAUGGUCGGAGCUGACUGAGAGGGUGCGGGACCUCAGGUGCCUGGUACCAUGAGGUCAGUGCCAGCACCGAGGUCGUUUGGAAGGAUGGAACGUCAGCAGUAUUAUUACUGUUGAAGACAAUGCUGGCAGACACCCACCAUAUCCUCCCUCCCCUCACUCUGUGUUCCCUCUUCCUCUCACUCGGGCCCAGGUUCCCCUCACUCUUCCCACCAUCACCACCCCCCACACCCACCCUUCCCCUCCCCUUCCUCGGGAACCAGUGAAAAUUAUUUAUUAAAAUAGAAGAGCUAAAAUAGGUUUUGUUGACUCUACAUGUUGUGAAUUAAUUUCAAUUAAACCAAAGAUGGAUGAUCUCCCUAGUUGUGUCUCAGCAGAAGUUGGUGUUUUGAUCUGUUGACACUGGUCGCUGUGAAAAGGACAUGUUUUUCUCAGGUAUUGGUUUUGGGAUUUGACCAUCUCAUUGGAUGGCCAAGUGAGCUUAAUUCCUUGCGGCCUUUCCAAAAGCUCACAAUGAAGAGAAUCAACAUCAAAUUUCAUUUGACAAUGAUUGAUAAACUCCACAUAUUUCAACACAGAAAGCCAUAAUGUAGGCUUGGCAGUCUUAAAGAAAUUGUCCAAACAGACAGGUGUGCUAACUGAUGGAGAAACAGUAUUGAGAAACGUCCCAAACUGUAAAAGUUCACACAUAGUGCAAAGUGAUUAUUGUGUGACUGAGGCAGAAACCAAAGCAAUAAUGUUCUACCUUGUCACAUUGCAGAGUGCCGGAUACCCACUGGGAUCGGGAUUCCACAUUCCAAUUCCUACAGGUUCACGUCCCACUUAACCCCUUUGGAUCCGACCCAAAGGACCACAGUGGGUGGGAAUUCCCCAAAACUCCUCCCUUCUGCUGGCAUUGGCUGGCACUUGGUCAAGUUGAGUGCAAGAUUGUGAAGUUAAAACUAGUACACUGUGUAUAUCUCCCAGAUGAAACAACUAAAUGUUUUUAAUGACCCUCUUGUUUUACAUUAUUUUAAUUACCUCUGCAGUAAUUUUCUUUAAACAGGUUAGAAGCAAAUAAACAGAAUAAUAAGCUGCCUCGAGUGUUUGAAACAACAAAUAUCAAAGAAUUUAAAUGAAAUUAAAGACUGCCAAGCCUCUGACUAUGAGACUGCAAUAUAUCUAUUAACAGUACUACUGUGUGAAUUUGUCCAAGUUAUAUGUAGAGUCUUCCAGUAAUGUGUUACUGUUCCUUGUUCAGGGUUUCAUCGUUAUCUACACAGAACAUGUUAAAUUUACAAGUAAGAGUUAAGGUUAUACUGUUGCUCAAACCUUUGGUGUGACCUGAAUGGAAGUCAUAGAUAUUCAAAUGCUUUAUCUGUCACCUGCCAUCCAGCACGUUUUUAAUCACGAUGUCCCACGGAGGUGUUGUAGGCAGAGCCUACCGGUCGUUCAGAGCUUUCUGUGUGUUCUGUGUAACUUGGUGAGUUUUGUAUUGUGAACCAUUCUCUGCUGCUUCAGCCCAGCUGCAUGUUCAGCCUCCAACAGCAAUAGAAGAGAAACAUUAUGAGUGAAAAUCGUGUUAAAUCAGCAGCUGUGGCCCACUGCAUGCCCUUCAGACGGAAGUCACAAUAAUGUUCAGCCACAGU